AUUCAUUUCUACACCAGUAAUUAUCUUUGAAGUGUUCUUCUCAGCCUUCAAGAUUGCUUCCCUUCAGGAUAAACCCCCUUCCCCAGAUCCCUCCCAAUCCCCCUGCAAACCCCAACUGCAUCGGUCAAUAACAGACACUUCCCCAAGUCCCAAGGAUCUUUGCUCCUCUCAAGGCAUUACAAACCUCGUUUCGUCACAGCCUCGAAAGAUCAGUAGUUAUUCAAGUAGCACAAAAUAUACAUCCCUGAGUUAUUCCUCAACCUCUUAUUCUACCAGUAAGUCAUUCGCAAAGUAUUCGAGAUGCAAGUAUUUCUCGACAGCCCAGCGAUCCCUUUCUGAAGAUAAUUCUAAAAGCAAGAGCGACACAUCAGAAACGUUUUCUUCUUUACCGCCACAUUCUAAACUCUCUUGUAUACGGUCAAGUUCUUCAGACACAGCAUCCAGCUUCACUUAUCCAACCUGCUCAAGCUAUCCAGUCGACUCAACAAAUUCUGAUCAAACUGACGACUACGUACAAUUUUACCCAUCAAGCCACACACAAAAAGAACCUGCCAAGACUGCCAAACCUUCAACUAGUUCUACUCCAAACUCCAGUCAAGACAGCUGUAAUCUGGACAAGUCACCAGCUUCUGUACCCGACUUUCGGUUACAAAGUUUUCCAUCAGCAGAAGAAUAUCCACUACUGACCUCUUGGUCUCCCUCUGAAGGAACUUCCCUCUUACAAUCUGUUGAGUCUUCGACGAGUUCUGACUCUGUAGAAUCAGACUAUCUUUCUCAGAGUUUAGAGUCAGACUAUCUCUCUCAGAGUGACGAACUUCCUAAGAGUACUGACACUAUUGUCCCAGAAUAUAAAAGUUCUUGUAUCAAAGAUCCUUCAAGAAUAAAAUUUAGAUCUCAAACUGAGCCGCGUACUCAGACAUCUGUCACGACUGCCUCCUCGGCAGAAAUAGCUUCAACUUCUCACAGUCCUCGUGGCCACUCCAUGACUGGGACAAAACUUCACAAGAAGACGUCGACAUUAUUUGGGUAUAAAUACUAUUCGUCUAAGAGUUCCAAAUCUCCAUCAACAUCCGUGCCACACACAACACAGAACAAAAAAUUAAAACAUAGGAAAAACAACAUGUUCAACAGGCUGAAAUCCUAUGAAGGUCCAAGCAGUUAUGUGGCGUCAUCUAAGAAGGACGAUUAUUCUAAAAAGGGUACAAGUUCAUCGACUCCGUCAGGGACUUCUCCAGUGAACAUGUCAUCCUCUAAGGCUACAACGACCUCGAGUUCCAGUCCCUCGCCAUCCUCGUCCUCUUCUUCAUCCCCUUCCUUCAAGAGGCAGACGGGUCUAACCGGCUUGCUGACAUGCCCAGUGUGCCUGGAGGACUAUCAGGUCGAUGGGCCAGCGGGCCGAGAGCCCCUUUUCCUGUCCUGUCACCACAGUCUCUGUCGUGCUUGCCUCCCGAAGCUUGCAAGAUCAUCAGCUGGGAAAUACAACAGUUACUCUAAAGAGGGAAAUGAGCUGUCCUGUCCCGAGUGUCGCAUGGUGACGCAGAUCCCUGCUACGGGCCUCACUCAGAACUUCUACCUCGUGAGUCUUAUCGAAACGCGAGAACUGAAACCCAGGGAACCUUCCAGCCGACUGCGUAUGUGGUGCAACGAGUGUCACGGCAUCGCCCUGGAGACCUGCAUCGCUCAUCAGGUGACUCACCUUUCCCCGGUACUCGUUAAUUAUACGACCACCUACUCCAGGUCCAAAAGGCAACUUGUAAAGUACCUAAACAAGCGAGCUAGGCAUAAAGGAGAAGAAGCUCGUGAUAUUAAGGAAGCCAUUGAGCAACUGGAUUUGGCCACAACAUCCCUAAAGAGGCGAUUGGUGGCUCAACUGGACUACGCAACCCUAGCACAAGCUACCGCCAGUUCCCUAUUACAGGAGAUUGAGCAAAUCUGUCGUCGUGUAGGCCUAGACGACAAGCUUGAGAUACCCUGUGCAGGAAACUCCGACAGUGGUGUCCAGAGGAAAACAUCUUCGGGAGGUUUAGGAACGGAGGUUAUGUCUAGCUUCUUGAAGGACAACUUCUUUCAAGAGACCCGCUCGAAGCACUUCACUGAUAGUGCUAUGAAGGACGUCGACCUCCUGAUGUUCGGGAACUCGAGCAAUGGCAGUAGCAAAAAUGCUCCAUCUCCUAGUCGCUCUCAUUCUGCCGAUGACUAUCUCAACUCUCCGCCAGAGUCCUCCAGUUCGAGGAACUCGCCCACUCUGGAUAGACAGGUAACCUUCGACCACCUCAACAGUCAGGAACAGGAGUCCAAGAUCAUGGUGCUUAAGGAGUCCAUUGCUUCCUUGGAAAGCAUGCAUGAUACACUCAAGCAAGAGGAGAGGACGAACAAGGAAAAGCUGGCCAGGAUAAAGUCUCACGGAGACAACAUGCCCAAGGAGACGCUGAGUGAGAUGUUCAACAGGGCGUUGAAGGUUCUGUCUUGAAGCAGGACGUUGGGGGUUCUAUCGUGACCAUCUAAGUUUUUCUUUAAAUUCGUAGGCCUAUGGAAUGGCCAACCCAAUGACCGCAUGAGACCCAGGUCCGAGGUCAAUAAAAGUAAAAUACUGAGGGUGGGCAAAGAGUUGGGGGGUUUCCUAAUAGAAGAGCGAAUGUCACUGGACAAUUACAAAGCUUCUGCGACCACGCUAAGACAGUCUUUGGAUUCAAAGGCCAAUAAAAACUGGAAGCUCAAAGUUCUAAUUACUACGUCCUGGCCCAAUAAAAAAAAAACAUAAAUGAAAAGAGAUUGGGGUCUUUGAAAGAAGGUAAUUUUGCAUCGUAAGACGCAAUAAUUCCGAGUCAUAAUGGGAAAAGUAAUUUCUGUCCUUUUAUCCAAUGUCUAUGGAUCACUAAUUUAAAACUUAUCUAAUGACAGUUAUUUAACCCUAAGUUUUGAUAAGCAACUUAAUAUAACCCUAGCAAAUGCAUAUCUUCUUCGAACACUAUAUUAUAUACCUUGGAAUUUUUUUUUUUAUAAGGAAAGAUCCGUGGGAUGGGUAAUAUACUUCUUCUCCAUGACCCUGUCCAAAGAAACAAAAAGCUAAAAGAAGGAAGGAGUUUAGGGCUUAAUCACGAAAAAUCCAGACUUUGAUUUCAGGAAAACCUUGCAAAACUAAUGCAAGUCUUUCUUUAGUAACUUGUUCCCAAUUAAAUAUACUAUUUUAUUUAUUGCUGUUUUGUUCGAUAUGAUUGAUGGUUUUACUCUUUUACUUUUCCUCCGUACUUUCAUCGGCUUUACUCUCCGUGGGAGCUUGUUAUGAAGGUUCGCGGCCUCUGGGUUGUUCUAUAAGAAUGCAUUUUUAUUGUCUGUAAUAACAUUAACAACGCAUUUUUAUAUAAAAUAUGGCCAUACGAAACUGUCAGUGUUGAAAUGAAAUCAUCAAUAUUUGUACAGGUUCGAUCAUCUGUUCUUAUGGCUAGGCAUACGACCUUUCACAAGUCUCACCAAUCAUCAAAUAAGCUCUCGAUAUCCCUCGACUUUCCUCUCUCUCAUAAAUCACUUAAAACUGUUUUCUUUACUGAAAAGAGACAGAUUUGAUAUAAAUUAAGAAAAGAUAGAGUAUUGUUCCUCUAUUCUUAAUUUUACGGUGAUUUUUCCAGAAACUAUUCCCGUAAACAUUACUGUUAUUCCUAUGUUUGAGCUGUCCUCUUUUUAAUCUGACAUGGCCUUCGCUUACGUCAAUGAUUUAAUCUAUGUAUGAAGCUGACAUAAUUUAGCUGACUAUUUUUGUUAGUGUAACUCGCAAAGGUGAGAUAUUUUUGUCAUUGUAACUCGCAAAGGUGCGAUAUUGCUGGUUUCACUGACAUGCCCGAUUCACAUAGCGUGGAAAUACGUCGCAUGAAUGCUUCUGUAAAGUGCAUGAACAUCGGAAACAGUGACAGUGUACGCAGAAAACAAAAUUAUACGAUGUACAAGUGUUAUUAGUGAAAAAAAAAAAAAAAAAAAUGGUGCAUACUUGGCAGCACAUCUGAUUAAAGAUUUGUGAAAUACUCUCAGUGUACAUACUAGAUAAGGAAUGCUAGACAUUUACGAACAAGAUUCUCUCGGAAUGGAAAAGCUCCACUGAAAUACUUAGUUUUAAAAAGAAAUGAAGAAAAGUUACAGGAAAAAUAUUUAAUAUCUUUAUAUGUGAUUUCUAAGUUAAAGCUGUCCUUCAAAAGUUGAAUAACGCGAUAAAUCUCCUCUGCUGAUUAAAUUAGCUCUGUAAAUAACCCGUACUUUAUAUAUUCAUGAAGCAUAAUGUUAGUAUUGGUCUUUUCUUUUUUCAUAUAUAUUCUUAGUUGUUGCUAUGUACCAGUUCUGCGAUAUUAUUAAGGUUGUAAAUUCUGUGUACAUUCAACAUAAUUUCCAAUAAAAUUACUUUCAUGAAACA